UUUUUUUUUUCUUUCCCCUUCUUUUUUUGUGUGUCUGCAUGGAGGAUUCAAAGAAGCUGCCGCGUAAUGCUGCAAAACCUAUACCACUUCCAGCAAAAGGGCAUUAUGAUAAUGCAAUAUCCUACGUUGAAUAUACCUUACCGAUACCAUCCCCUUCAGUUUAUAGUGAGAUUGAUGUUGUCUUGGAUGAUGGCACACUGCAGAAGAGAACAGUAUCUUUAUCUACAUUACCUGAACAAGAAGAGGAUCUUUUUUCAAGUCAAGAAACACCUUUAUUAAAAGAUCAAAAAAAGAAAUCCUAUUCAAGCAUAAUUGCUAGUGAAGAAUCAUCAACGUCAAAUGAGGAAAGUGACGUUUCCUCGGAUAAUAAUAAUAGCAGUCAUGAUCAAUAUUCUGUGACCAGAACAAAGGGUGGUUAUAAGCCAAUCAUACCUCACACGACUGGCAAGAAGAACAAAAAUGCCAUAGCAACAUUCAUCAAACGUCAUUCCCAAUUAACGCCUCAGCAACGACUCGUCUUAAAGUGUAGCUUUGCUUAUAUUCUAGGCUGUUUAUUUACAUUUGUACCAAGUUUGAAUGCUCUGAUCGGGAAUAACCGUGUAUCCAGUCAUCUUGUUGCUACAGCCACUGUCUUUUUCAAUCCUGCUAAAUCACUAGGUGGGAUGGUUGAGGCGGCCCUGUACGGCUGGGGUUACACUCUAUUUGCUGUUGCUGUCUGUCUUGGAUCCAUGGUGACAACAGAUUACUUUCAUGACCACGAUAUGGCCCUCAUUGCUCACAUCCUAUCUUUGGGUCUCUGGUUGGCCGGUGCAACAUCGAUCAUUGCUUUUUUGAAGGCUCACUGGAACAAGCCUCCUGUUGCAACGGCCUCAAGUUUGUGCUUUAUUAUCAUUUUUAUUAUUGUCGUACGAGAAGGAUCAGCAAAUAAGGGCGAGUUUGACACUACGAGGAUCGAACAGAUUACAUUUGCCGUAGCCACUGGAACUUUGAUCACUGUAUCCUGUUGUAUUUUAUUUUGGCCAAUAUCGGCAAGUGAAAAGCUAAGGAAAGACUUGGAGGCGACACUUGUAUCGUACAAGGUGCUUUUAAAAUUAUUGACCAAAACAUUUUUGCUGGAUGAUGAUUUACCCGAGUUUACAGCAAACAAAUCCCUUCAAAAGGCUAUUGACUCUCAUCGAUCCAGUUUCACCUCACUACAAAAAUCGCUUCAGGAAGCCAAGUUGGAAGUUUUCUGGAACUCGGAAAUGCGAGGGUGCACAAAAGAAUAUGAUGCUGUUGUCAAGAGCAUGCAGAGACUAGCUCAGUCUGUCGGCGGUCUCAAAAGUAGUUGUGGUCUACAGUUUGAGAUGAUGAAACAAACAGGGAAAAAGGAGAAUGACGGCUGGAAUAUAAAAAUAGAUAGGCAUCGCCGCAAGUUGCAGGACGGAUUUAGAAAAGACAGACUGGAUGAUAUUCAGAGUAGUAGCAGAGAUCACGAUGGAGCACUUGCUGAAUUUAUUCACAGGAUUCGUCAACCUCUCAAAUCACUUGCUUAUACAUGUAAGCAGACCUUGGUUCAUCUUCGAAUUGAGUUUUCGGAUCAUCCACGAACAGGACCAAGUAAUGAAACACUAAAGGAUAAUUUGGUAAAGGCUAUCGCUCUUUUCGAAGUAGCACAAAAGCAAGCAGUUGAAAAGUUGAAUCGUCAUCGUCGUCUUCAUCAUCCGGAUGGUGAUAGCAGCUACAUUCCCAAAGAAGACGCCUUUCUGGUUUAUUUUUUUGUGUUUAAUGUGAUUGAAUUUGCUAGAGAACUUAUAUCGCUGGUAGAAUCCGUUCAAGCCCUUUCUUUAGCCAAAGAAAAGAAACGUACGGUCGCAUCAUUAAUCUUUACAUGGCUCUUUAAGAGACACAAGGGUCAACACAAAGAAAAUACAAAAAUGAUCAGUAAGAGCUUCAUUCCUAAUGAACGUCAUAAACUAGAUACACUGCAUACGCCUAUACCCAAGACAAAAUGGAGACAAAUGGUGUUGCGUGUCUGGAGAACCUUUUCAUUGUUCAAAUUGCAAAAGUUUCGCUAUGCUGUAAAGGCAACCAUAGCUGCUACUAUACUAGCUACACCUGCCUUUCUUUCCUCAACUGGUCCUUGGUUUCGUCAGUGGCGAAUGGAAUGGGCCUUGAUCACGCUUAUGGUCGUGAUGACGCCGACGGUUGGUGGGACUAAUUUAGUCGCUGUUUACCGUAUAUUCUCAACCAUACUCGGCUGUUUUACAGCCAUGAUUCUUUACUUGAUAUUCCCUGAUAAGAUGGUUCCAUUGAUCAUUUGUACUUGGCUCUUUUGCAUCCCUAACUUCUGGCUUAUAUUGCAUCAUAAGCAUGGCAAAUUUGGACAAUUCACCCUGCUGGCUUAUAAUCUUGUUAUGCUCAACAAGUACAAUGAUAGGGAUACUCACCAAGUGGAGGUAACUUGGCUAGCAUUGACUCGUUGUUUUUCCAUUCUGGUUGGUGUCGUCUUUGGCUUGUUUGUUACUGCUUAUGUAUCACCAUAUGAAGCCAGAGUAGAACUGAGGAAAGGCGUCUCCGACCUUUUGCUGCGCCUUGCAUGGCAAUACCAGAAACUUGUCGCAGUCUACUCGGAAAAGCAUUCAUCUGAUGUAUCUACUCUUCAAAUGAUCUCUAUUAGGGAUCAACUCCAACAGACGUCAAUUGCGUUUUUAGAUUCUGAACUCAACCUACAGCGCUCUUUACUCGAGCUUCAAGAUCUCUUGGUACAAACCCCAAACGAGCCGCGUCUAAAAGGCGCUUUUCCUGUGGAAACGUACAAACAGAUCCUUUCCUCGUGCCAAAACAUAACAGACAAGUUUGCAUCUUUACGUACGGUCAUCUUAAAGGAUGCAUGGUUUGAAGAGGUCCAACAUGAUUUUAUUAUGCCUGUAAGCCAAGAACGUAAAGAAAUGGUAGGCAACAUAUUGCUUUAUUUUUAUAUACUGGCUUCUGCCAUGCGUCUCAAAACGCCUUUACCUCCUUACUUACCACCCGCAAGAAAAGCUUGGGAUACACUUAUUGUAAAGCUUCGAGGGCUGCCCGUGGUCCAAUCCAAGCAAGCACUAGAAAAGGAUCAUGUUUAUCUAUUUUACUAUGCAUACAUUACAGUGCUUGAAGACAUCAUACGCGAAUUAGACAAGCUUGGUAAAAACCUGACUUUGCUGUUUGGUGCAAUUGUGCCAGAUGAUCAAUGGAGGAACUUAUUUGAGGAGGAUAUUGAGCAGAAUAAUAGAUUACAAAUUGAAUAAAAGAGAGUUUAUAUGAUAAUCAUUAA